AUGGUGGACAUGGAUAGAAACGACCCGGAGCUCCGGUACCUGUCAGUCGAUCGGAACAGUUUCAAUGACCCGGCGACGCAGGCAGAAUGGACACAGAAGCGAUUGGUGUGGGUUCCUCAUGAAACCCAGGGUUUUGUUGCCGCGGGGAUCAAGGCGGAUCGUGGAGAUGAGAUGGAAGUGGAGAUCGCGGAGUCCGGGAAGCGAAUCCUGGUCGCGAGAGACGAUAUACAGAAGAUGAAUCCGCCGAAGUUCGACAAAGUGGAAGAUAUGGCAGAAUUGACUUGCCUCAACGAAGCCUCUGUCCUACACAACAUCAAAGACAGAUACUACUCGGGUCUCAUUUAUACAUACUCGGGUCUCUUCUGCGUGGUCGUAAAUCCCUACAAGAAGCUUCCAAUCUACACGGAGAAGAUUAUGGAGCGAUACAAGGGCAUCAAGCGGCACGAGGUCCCGCCCCACGUGUUCGCCAUCACAGACACCGCGUACCGUUCUAUGUUACAAGAUCGAGAGGAUCAGUCGAUUCUCUGCACUGGUGAGUCAGGUGCUGGUAAGACUGAGAACACGAAGAAGGUUAUACAGUACCUCGCGUACGUCGCCGCUUCGAAACCGAAGGGAUCCGGCGCGGGACCAUCGCCUCAGUUGAUUAUAAGCAAUGGACCGACGUUUGAGGGAGAGUUGGAACAACAAUUACUACAAGCGAAUCCAAUUCUAGAAGCCUUCGGUAACGCGAAGACGGUCAAAAACGACAAUUCAUCUCGAUUCGGUAAAUUCAUAAGAAUCAACUUCGACGCUUCCGGGUUCAUUGCGGGAGCGAACAUCGAAACGUACUUACUGGAGAAAUCCAGAGCGAUCAGACAAGCGAAGGACGAGAGAACAUUCCACAUCUUCUACCAGCUUCUAGCAGGAGCGACGGCGCAACAGAAAGCCGAGUAUAUUCUAGAAGACCCCAAAAGCUACCCCUUCCUCACCAACGGAGCGUUACCAGUACCGGGUAUCGAUGACGCCGCAGAGUUCCAGGCGACGAUCAAAUCGAUGAACAUUAUGGGAAUGAACAAUGAAGACUUCAAUUCUAUAUUCAGAAUAGUCUCAGCCGUGCUUCUGUUUGGGUCCAUGCAGUUCAAACAGGAAAGAAAUUCCGAUCAGGCUACGUUGCCUGAUAACACUGUUGCACAGAAAAUUGCUCAUUUGCUUGGUCUUUCUGUAACGGAAAUGACGAAAGCAUUCCUAAAACCAAGGAUAAAGGUUGGCCGCGAUUUCGUAACUAAAGCACAAACCAAGGAACAGGUCGAGUUCUCCGUGGAAGCAAUCGCUAAGGCCUGCUACGAACGCCUCUUCAGAUGGUUGGUAAACAGAAUCAACAGAUCUCUGGACAGGACAAAGAGACAAGGAGCCUCCUUUAUCGGUAUCCUCGACAUGGCUGGUUUCGAAAUAUUCGAACUGAACUCAUUUGAACAGCUUUGCAUCAAUUAUACAAACGAAAAGCUUCAACAGCUUUUCAAUCACACGAUGUUUAUUUUAGAACAGGAGGAAUACCAAAGGGAAGGUAUCGAAUGGAAAUUCAUCGAUUUCGGUCUAGAUUUGCAACCGACUAUAGACCUUAUCGACAAACCUAUGGGUAUCAUGGCUUUGUUGGACGAAGAAUGUUGGUUCCCCAAGGCCACCGACAAGACAUUCGUGGAAAAAUUAGUUCAAUCUCACUCCGUCCAUCCCAAAUUCAUGAAGACAGAUUUCCGUGGUGUUGCCGAUUUCGCGAUUAUCCACUACGCUGGAAAGGUCGAUUACUCGGCAGACAAGUGGCUGAUGAAGAACAUGGACCCCCUGAACGAGAACGUUGUUUCUUGCCUUCAGUCGUCCCAGGAUCCCUUCGUAUGCCACAUAUGGAAGGACGCUGAAAUCGUCGGCAUGGCGCAACAGGCCUUGACAGACACGCAAUUCGGAGCGAGAACGAGAAAAGGAAUGUUCAGGACAGUUUCCCAGCUGUACAAGGAGCAGCUGACAAAACUGAUGGCAACGUUGAGAAAUACGAAUCCGAACUUUGUCAGAUGUAUCAUUCCGAAUCAUGAAAAGAAAGCUGGCAAAAUAGAAGCACCACUGGUACUAGACCAGCUUCGAUGCAACGGUGUCCUCGAGGGUAUCAGAAUCUGUCGUCAGGGCUUCCCGAACAGGAUACCCUUCCAAGAGUUCAGGCAGCGUUACGAAUUGCUCACACCGAACAUAAUACCCAAAGGUUUCAUGGACGGCAAGAAGGCUUGCGAGCAAAUGAUCGAGGCGUUGGAGCUCGACCAUAACCUGUACCGCGUCGGUCAGUCGAAGAUAUUCUUCAGAGCCGGAGUGUUGGCUCACUUGGAAGAAGAGAGAGAUUACAAGAUCACGGACCUUAUCGUGAACUUCCAGGCGUUCUGUCGAGGGUACCUUGCAAGGAGAAACUACCAGAAGAGACUUCAGCAGUUGAACGCGAUCCGAAUAAUCCAGAGAAACUGUGCCGCGUACCUUAAGCUUAGGAACUGGCAGUGGUGGAGGUUGUAUAUAAAGGUGAAACCUCUAUUAGAAGUGACGAAGCAAGAAGAGAAGCUAACACAGAAGGAAGAUGAGCUGAGACAGAUUCGUGAGAAGCUAGACGUACAGAUGAAGAGAUGUCAAGAGUAUGAGGCUAAGUACCAGCAGGCAAGCGCUGAGAAAACACAGCUGGCAGAACAACUGCAGGCUGAAUUAGAACUAUGUGCGGAAGCGGAAGAGAGUCGAGCUAGAGUAGCAGCCAGAAAGCAAGAGUUAGAAGAACUGUUACACGACUUAGAAGGGCGUAUAGAAGAAGAAGAAGAACGUUGUAACGCUCUGCAGCAGGAGAAGAAACGUCUGCAACUUAAUAUACAGGACUUAGAGGAACAGCUGGAAGAAGAGGAGGCAGCCCGCCAGAAGUUACAGCUUGAGCGUGUCCAAUGCGACGGCAAGUUAAAGAAACUAGAAGAGGAACUGGCUCUAAGUGAGGAUACCAACCAGAAGCUGCUCAAAGAAAAGAAGGUUCUAGAAGAACGCGCCAACGACUUGUCUCAAGCAUUAGCCGAAGAAGAGGAGAAAGCUAAACAUCUCAGCAAAUUGAAGGCAAAACAGGAGUCGGCUAUCGCUGAACUAGAGGAGAAAUUACUUAAGGAUCAUCAAUUGCGACAAGAAGUAGACAGAGCUAAGAGAAAACUGGAGACCGAGCUCCAAGAUGUCAAGGAGCAGCUAUCUGAAAGGAAGGUCCAAGUUGAAGAGUUGCAGAUUAUUCUGACGAAGCGCGAGGAGGAGCUGGCGGCGGCGUGCGCGCGCGCCGACGAGGAGGGCGCGGCGCGCGCGGCGGCGCACAAGGCGGCGCGCGAGGCGGAGGCGGCGCUGGCGGAGGCGCACGAGGACCUGGACGCCGAGCGCGCCGCGCGCACCAAGGCCGAGAAGCUGCGCCGCGACCUCAACGAGGAGCUGGAGGCGCUCAAGAGCGAGCUGCUGGACUCGCUCGACACCACCGCCGCGCAACAGGAGCUCCGCACGAAGCGCGAGCAGGAGGUGGCGGUGCUGAAGCGCAGCCUGGAGGAGGAGGCGGCGGCGCACGAGGCGGCGCUCACGGAGCAGCGCCACCGGCACUCGCAGGAGCUGCAGCUGCUCAACGAGCAGCACGACCAGCUCAAGAAGGCCAAGGCCGUGUUGGAGAAGGCGAAGCAGGCUCUGGAGGCGGAGAACGCAGACUUGGCUACGGAGCUGAAGAGCGCUAGUGCUGCCCGAGCUGAGGGAGAGAGGCGUCGCAAGCAAGCUGAGGCGCAGUUGCAAGACCUGGCCGCUAAACUGCAGGAUGUGGACCGCGCCAGGUCCGAAUUAGCAGAAAAGUGCAUUCGUCUACAAAGCGAAGCGGAACAAGCGUUGCAACAAUUAGAACAAGCAGAACUCAAAGCGUCCGCGGCCGCCAAACAAGCAGCCACCGCAGGCUCGCAACACGCUGAAGUACAGGCGCUGUUGGAAGAAGAGACGAAGCAGAAGCUGUCGCUGCAGACGCGCCUCCGCAACGUGGAGCAGGAGCUGGAGCAGGCGCGCGACCAGCUGGACGAGGAGGAACAGGCGCGGAAGAACCUCGACAAGCAGGUAUCAGUGCUGACCCAACAACUGGCCGAAGCGAAGAAGAAGGCAGAAGAAGAGGCAGAAGCUGCCGCAGCGCUAGAGGAGCAGCGUAAGAAGCUCAGCAAGGACAUCGAAGCACUUCACUGUCAGCUGGACGAGCUGAAACAGGCCAAUGACAAGCUAGACAAAAGUAAAAAGAAGAUCCAAGAAGAAUUAGAAGACACGAAUAUAGAACUAAGCGCUCAGCGUGCCAAGGUGCUGGAGCUGGAAAAGAAACAAAAGAACUUUGACAAGGUGGUGUCGGAGGAGCGCGCCGUGGCCGAGCGGUACGCGGCGGAGCGCGACGCGGCCGAGCGCGACGCGCGCGACAAGGAGACGCGCGUGCUGUCGCUCACGCGCGACCUCGACGUGGCCGCCGAGAAGAUAGAAGAAUUAGAGCGAUCGAAACGCCUCCUACAAUCGGAACUAAACGAGUUGGCCAACACGCAAGGCACUGCAGACAAGAAUGUUCACGAACUCGAGAAAGCCAAGCGAGCUUUGGAAUCACAAUUGGCAGAGUUAAAGGCUCAGAAUGAGGAAAUCGAGGAUGAUCUACAGCUCACAGAGGAUGCGAAGUUGAGGCUAGAGGUCAACAUGGGGGCGAUGAGGGCUCAGUUUGAGAGGGACCUUCAGGCCAAGGAGGAGGCGGGCGAGGAGAAGCGGCGCGGCAUCGUGAAGCAGCUGCGCGAGCUGGAGGCGGAGCUGGAGGAGGAGCGCAAGCAGCGCGCCGCCGCCGCCGCCGCGCGCAAGAAGCUGGAGGCCGACCUCAAGGACGCCGAGCAGGCGCUGCACCUCGCCAACAAGGUGAAAGAGGAUGCGGUGAAACAAGCCAAAAAGCUAACAGUGCAACUGAAAGAGGCCGCGCGAGAGGCGGAAGAGGCACGCGCCGGACGAGAAGAGGCCGCGGCGUUGGCGCGGGAGGCCGAGCGACGAGUGAAGGCCCUGGAGGCGGAGGCGCUGCAGCACGCGGAGGAGCUGGCGGCGGCGGAGCGCGCGCGGCGCCACGCGGAGACCGAGCGCGACGACCGCGACGACGAGCUCACCGCCACCGGCGCCAAGGUGACGCUGUUAGUGGAUGAGAAGAAACGUCUGGAGGCGCGGAUAGCGGCUCUGGAAGAGGAUCUCGAUGAGGAACAAUCGAACACCGAGAUCCUCAACGACAGGCUCAGGAAGGCACAGAAUCAAAUUGAUCAGCUGACAAUGGAGCUGGGUACGGAGAAGUCUGCCACACAGAAACUGGAGAGCAGCAAGCUGGUGCUCGAGCGGCAGAACAAGGAGCUCAAGACCAAGCUUACUGAGUUGGAGACUGCGGGCCGUACAAAGACCAAGGGCGUGAUCACAUCUCUGGAGCUGAAGGUAGCCAACCUGGAAGAGCAGCUGGAGGCGGAGUCUCGAGAGCGUCUGGCGCAGCAGAAGGCGUCGCGCAAGCUCGACAAGAAGAUGAAGGAGCUGGCGCUACAGCUGGAAGAGGAACGGAGACAUGCCGACCAGUACAAGGAGCAGAUUGAAAAGAUGAACGCACGCGUGAAGACUCUAAAGCGCGCCGUGGACGAGGCGGAGGAAGAGGUCCAGCGCGAGAAGGUCGGCAAGCGGAAGGCGCAACGCGAGCUGGAGGACCUGCUGGAGACCCACGAGACCCUGGCGCGCGAGUGCUCCAACCUGCGCAACAAGCUCAGGCGGCAGGGCGGCGCCAUGGGGCUGGCGGGCGCGGGCCGCGUCAAGCGCUCGUCGCUGGCGCCCGGCGCCGGCGCCGCCUCGGGCGACGAGUCGCUCGACGACGGCACGGACGCCGCCAACUCGCUCGAGUGA